UUCAACCCAGCGGCAGGUCAGAGUUCAUAAUUGCCGCAGUGUGUGCGGCUGUGCGCUGAUGUUACUGGGAUUUUAAUUUGUUGAAAAGUGAUUCAUCGAAUUUUUUUUUAGAAAAGAGAAUGGCCUCCGAUUCGGGUUACGGUCAGCCUGGCGCUCCAAGCUAUGGAACGUAUCCUCCUGCUCAGCAGAGUGGGCAGGCCUACGGUCAAGGAAAUGGAAGUGGCUCGUAUGGUGGACAGAGUUACGCUGGCUAUGGACAGUCUGCAGAAAGUUAUGGCCAAACAACACAGGCGGCAAGUUAUGGCCAGCCUUAUGAUGGCUUUGGGCAACAAGGCUCUGAUUCCGCUGCUGGGUAUGGUGGCGCUGACAAGUCAUCAUACAGUCAGCCGAGUUCCUACGGUGGCGCCGCUGGUGGCGGCUCUUAUGGACAAGCUCAAGGCGGCUUUGUAUUCAGAGCUCAGUUGGUAGAGCAUGGCGCUUGUAACGCCAGGGUGUGGGUUCGAACCACCCAUACGGAAUGUAUGCACACAUGA